AUGCCCGCAUCGGAGCCUGUCCUUCUCCGGGACCGUCAUAUCAAAUAUUGGCUUCGAUGUGCAAGGACAUUUCUACCAGAGGCUUACACAUCCACCGACUCCAAUCGUAUGACCCUGGCUUUCUUUAUCGUGUCCGCCCUCGAUCUGCUCGAUCUGUUAGCAUCUAAGAUCGACGCAAACGAGCGUGAUAGCUGGAGAAACUGGAUCUUCAGCUGCCAGCUUGAUAGUGGAGGCUUUCGGGGAUUUACAGGGACCAAGAUUGGCCACGAUGUGCGCACUUUGCAGAAUCAGCAUUGGGACCCAGCCAAUGUGCCUGCUACCUUCUUUGCCCUGGUGACACUCAUCAUCCUGGGAGAUGACUUGUCGCGAGUCAGAAGAAGGGAAUGUCUAACAUGGCUGCCGAAAGUGCAACGUCAAGAUGGCAGCUUCGGGGAAAUCCUAGGCGAAAAUGAGAGCAUCGAAGGAGGUAGUGAUCUGCGGUUCUGUUGUUGUGCUGCCGGAGUAAGACACAUCUUACGUGGGCCUCAAGAAAAAGACGUGCAGGACUUUGACGUUGACCGUCUUGUCAGGUAUAUCACAGCCUGCCAGACCUAUGAUGGUGGCUUCUCCGAAGGACCAGGACACGAAUCGCAUUCUGGACUCACAUAUUGUGCAAUUGACGCCCUUGCAUUGCUUGGCCGCAGCCCAGAGAAAGGUCUAGAUACGCCCGAUGCUAGACGUUCUUCUGGUACUCUCUCCUUGGAUGAUUGUACUCGCUGGGUCCUGAGCCGCCAAACCACGUACUUGGAGGAAGACGAACCCGAAGACGACGAGCAGGCUUCAUCAAUACCUCAGCCAGAAGCCGUUGCUUUGCCAUCAUCUCCGCUCGGCUCACCUCAUGCCACCCACUUUCCGGUCACGCCUCUCUCACCUCCAAAAACCCCGUCUCCAGUAAGGAUGCAGAUCGUGGCAGCGCCCAUCUUGAAUUGCGCCAAGCAAAAUCUUCUGUGGGCAGGCUUCAAUGGUCGCACGAACAAGAUCGCUGAUACCUGCUACUGCUUCUGGAACACUGCAGCGUUGGCGAUGCUUGAUCGACUCUAUCUCAUUGACAAACCCAGAAUGCGAAGAUAUCUGCUCGAGAAAACACAGCAUAUCGUUGGCGGAUUCGGUAAGGGUGUUCAUGAACCUCCAGAUAUAAUGCACGCCUAUUUUGGACUUGCCGCAUUGGCUACAAUAGGCGAAGACGAGCUUCCGACUUUCGAUCCGCUGUUCUGCAUCAGCCAGAAAGCUAGAGAGAACUUGAAGCGCGUCUCGUGGUGGGCCGAAUGA